AUGGGUCGUCGCGUGGCGGCAGCGGUGGCGGCGCCGCUGCUAAUAAUGCUGCUGCUCCUCUCGGCGGCGGCGGAGGCGCGGCGCGGCGGGAAGGGGUGGGACUGGGAGGAGGAGCAUGAGGGGGAGUGGCGUCCGGAAGAGGAGGAGGAGGGUAAGGGCCAUGGCCAUGGCGGCGGCGGCGGCGGCGAUGACCCCGGCCCUAAACCGAGCCCAGCUGGGAGGGGGCUGUUCGUGCUGGACAAGGGGGAGAAGGUGGUGGAGUCGGAGGGCGGGCACGUGCGCGUGGUGCGCGGCCGGCCGUGGCCACCGGCCACCGUCAUGCCGGACCCCUGGCAGCACGGCUGGUCGGCGCCCUCCGGGUGCCGGGAGGGGCUCAUGCACAUCGGCUUCAUCACCAUGGAGCCCAAGACGCUGUUCGUGCCGCAGUACGUCGACUCCAACCUCGUCCUCUUCGUGCACCUAGGGGAGGUCAAGGUCGGAUGGAUCCACAAAGACAAGCUCGUGGAGAAGAAGCUCAAGAUGGGCGACGUCCUCCACAUCGACGCCGGCUCCACCUUCUACAUGGUCAACUCCGGCAAGGGCCAGAGGCUCAAGAUCAUCUGCAGCAUCGACGCCUCCGACAGCAUCGGCUUCAGCCCCUAUCAGGCUUUCUUUCUCGGCGGCGGCGCAGGGCGUGCGCAGUCGGUGCUCGCCGGCUUUGACACGAAGACGCUUGUUACGGCAUUCAACACUACUUACGAGGAGUUGGCGCAAACAUUAUUGGCGGACACCGGCCGGGACCGGGGGCCUAUCGUGUACUACGCCACGGAGCCCGUGAGCGGCGGCGAGGAGCACCGUGAGCAGGGCGACCAGCGCGGCGUGGGAGUGGGGUACAGGGGAGCACGCGGCGGGGAGGCGCCGCCCGGGCAGUGGAGCCCAGUGGGCAGAGGCGAGGAAGGGGAGUUGCCCGUGGACGAAUCGUCCUCGACGUCGACAUGGUCGUGGAGGAAGGUGGUGGGGCGGCUCCUCGGUGUCGCCGGAGGCGGGGUGUCCAACUCCGUGGCCGCGCAGGCGAACAAGAAGGGCAAGGACAAGACGAUGCGCGCGCCGGAGGCGUACAACCUCUACGAGCACGGCGCCGACUUCAGGAACGCCUACGGGUCGAGCGUCGCCGUCGACAAGCACGACUACGAGCCGCUCGACCACUCCGACAUCGGCGUCUAUCUCGUCAACCUCAGCGCCGGAUCGAUGAUGGCGCCGCACGUGAACCCGAGGGCGACGGAGUACGGCGUGGUGCUCAGCGGCGCAGGCUGCAUCCAGGUCGUCUUCCCGAACGGGUCGCUGGCGAUGAGCGCCACGGUGCGCGCCGGCGACGUGUUCUACAUCCCGCGCUUCUUCCCGUUCUGCCAGGUGGCGUCGCGCGGCGGGCCGUUCGUGUUCUUCGGCUUCACGACGUCCGCGCGGCGGAACCACCCGCAGUUCCUGGUCGGCGACACCUCCGUGCUCCACGCCCUGCUCGGCCCCGAGCUCGCCGCGGCGUUCGGCGUCCCGGAGAAGGCGAUCAGGAAGGUCGUUCUUUCGCAGAAGGAGGCGGUGAUCCUGCCGUCCCUGUCGGAGAAGAAGAAGAAGAAGAAGAGGGAUGAGCCCGAGGACGACGAGAGGAGGGAGGAGGAGGAGAAGAAGGCGAAGCAGAGGAAGCCAUGGGUAAUUAAGCAGGUGGCAAAGUAGUAAUUAAUUAAGCCCGCAUAAGCUAGCUGAUUAAGCAUGUGAGCUAUCUAUCGAUCCGUGCUUAGGUAUGCAGCUGGCCUUUGUUUUGUUGUCCAGACUUUUGUUAACGCUCGCCUUG